AAAUGGCCUUUCAUUGGCUAUGAAAUUAUCUGUACAAUUUCCCUUCCCAUGGGUGAAAAUUUCAUAAGAAAAAUUACAGACGGACAAAAAUAUAGAAAAUCUGAAACAAGUUAAUGGGCAAAUUUCAUCUUAGGUUUCUUAAUGUGUCGGUGAAUCCUCUGCAUUGUGGCAUUUAAAGCUCACAAUUUAUAGGUUUUUCAGGAUGGAGUUUUCAUGAAAAUUAUUCUACAUUGGAUUCUUACACAAAAUGCUAAACUCUCACAUGCUUGCCCACUGGUUAAGAUGCUGUUGAAACUGUGGUAAGAUCUAUCAACGAAACUUAGAUGUUAUUGAGUUUUUGCCCUGAAGCCAUCACAUCUCUGUCUGUGAUGUUCCUUCUUGUGUAUUGUUCGAUGUGUGGAAAAAAGAAACAUCUGAUACUCAAUUUCUUUAAUCCUUAAAUUCUGAAUAUCAAUGUACAUAUUGUCCUUUCUCUUCUCUGUUCAUUUGCUGUGGUGCUGGUGAGCAGAAUUUGUUAAACAAUUAAGACUUUCCUAAUAUUGAACAUUUCCCUUAUUCUCAUAUCCUUUAUGUUUUAUUAAACAAUGAUAUCAUAAGGAGUAAUGAGAGGGUGAACAUACUUAAGAGUUGCAGGGGUACCUUAUUGGUACUUAAUUUCGCAGGUCUUUAAUUUUGCAUUUUUCACGAUUGUAAAAAGUCACAAAAUUAAAGAUCCUUGAAAAUAAAUCCUUGUAAAAUUAAAAGCACGCAAAAUGUAAUACCCAUAUAGAAAAUUGAAAUAACAAUUGACAUGUAAUAGCAAUGAUAUGUAUUGACCAACACAAAUUAAUUGCUUUCUGGUUUUACUGGUUAGCUCCAUUUUGUAUCUUCCAUUGUGAAAUGACGUUAGUUUGCCAAGAUUUCACACAUUGCUUGUUCCAGUUGAUCUAAUUUUCUUAAAGGUUCAGACUUCUUAAAAAAAGAAAAUGAAGUUGCGAAUGCUUAAAUCGUCAAAUUUAAUGCCCUUUUUUCAUGUUUGCAUGUACUUGUUCAAAUUGCGAAAAUAAAAGCCCGCAAAAUUAACUGUCUCACCAAAAUCGUGAAAUUAAGUACCUGCGAGUCAGUCACUGAAAAAACUGGCCAUUUUCGAGAGGUUAUUUUGGCAGUAGGGGACAUGCUGUAGUGGCUGUUGCCAUUGUAGAGAGUUUGCCAUGAUUGUAGAGAGGAUUAUACAAAGGUCAAUGUAUGGACUCUCCACCGGGGCAAAAAAGAGUGGCCAUUGUAGAGAGGUUGCCAUUGUAAAGAGGUGGCCAUAAGUAGAGGUUUGCCGUUAGUUUCUUGUGAGAACAAGGCGCAGGCUUGUUGACAAUAGUUGUAUUACAGGACCUCUUUGAUUUUUGGAAUUGAGCUAAGUAUGGUAAAUGGAAAAGGUGGUCAUUAUAUAGACAUGUGUUUGAUUGAGUUUAGAAGAGUCUUUUUUCACCAGCUUUUCUGGAUACAGACCUGCACAGUGGGGAUGCAGAGGCAUGAAUGGAACUUAUAGGUCUCAGUCAAGGUGCCCUCCCCUCCCUACCCAAUCCCAUAACUUGUUAUGGAUAGACACUAAUGAUGGGGAGUGCUGGCCAGCUAUUGUUACACUGCAUAGCAUGGUUCUUUUAUGUCCCAAAGAAGUCAAACCACAGGGAAGUGUUGAGAAACUGAGUCUAUGGUUUUCAAUCCUUAUCCAAAGACUAGUCAAGAAAGGUUGCAGAUGUGAGAGCAAAGUCAGCUAUUUUCCACAGUUUAUAUUUACAGACCCUAAAAUUUAAUGUUGGUUACAGGCAGGAAUUGAGCCCAGGCUAACCACUUUGAGAUCUUGUACUAGAUCAGUUGGUUAGGAUGCAAGUUUUUAUUAACUAGUCUCAGUGACUUUUUAUUGAGUACUGGAAUUGCUCCUUUGCUUUAUUUCUUUUUCCUGUUAUGACUUGAUGUUGAUACCUUCAGGACAGUUUUUUUUUAUAUUCAGAUAACUAGUUACUUAAUACGUGAGAAAUUUUAUUGCCUUUACUAUUAAAAUACAAUAUUAUUUCUUUCUUGUUCCAUUCACAGCACAAUGGGAAACUGAAAGUAUCAAGAAAGGAUAUUCAAAAGUUACUGAUGCUUAUGGUUGCCUUGGAGUCCUAAAAGUCAAUCUUGGUAAGAAGAGACAUUUACACUAUAGUGUAAAAGAAUUAUUUAAAAUAUAAAUACAAGGUUUCUGUUGAGAAUGUUAAGAUAAAACCUUUAUGGUAAAGGAAAAACAAUUAUAAGAUGUGUUUAUUAUAUUUUAUUAUUAGAUUUGUAAAGUGAGAUACUCCACGCAAAAUUGUGCUUAGUUUGAAAAGACCCCAGCCCUUACAUUACUGGUUAAACACACUUUUUGAACACUAAGUGCUGUAAAAAACAGGAGUAUUUCUCUAAUUAAAAGUUGACGGUGUGUUAAAAUUUUUUUUAGCCAGUAUCCACCUGGUUGCUUGUCUCAUGAUAAUCAUUUUGUUAUUGAUGAAGAUGUUUUGACCAUACACCAUGCUGCUGGUCUUCACUGGCAGGCGAUGGUGUCACUUUGCCAUUGUGUGACUAAUAUCUUUUGCUCGAUGGUUGCUAGUGAUUGGUACAAUACGAAUCUUACUUAUGGUUGGUGGGUUUUGAUCGUAAGCAUUGUGUGCAUUGUUAGGACCAGUACUGUACUGUUUGUGUAAGGUCAUUGUUUUACAAAAAACUAUACUGCCCAGUUAGAAAAAAUCACCACCUAGUUAGCUCAGUUGGCAGAGUGCUGGUCUGCUGAGUGGAGUUUGCAGGUUCCAACCCCAGGCGGACCAACACUCAGUGUCUUUAAAUAACUGAGAAUUAUGUGCUGCCUUUGUAAUGACAUCUGCAGAUGGUUAGACUUUCUAGUCUUCUUGGAUACGGAUGGAAAACCGUAUGGUUCUUGUGCGACAUAAAAGGUCACUGUUCGAUUAGAAUAGGAGACCUAGACUCUGGUGGUGUGGCCAACCUCUCCUGGGCUGGGUGGGUUAUCUGGUGGGAGAAAUCUCAAUAUAGGGGUAUCUCAUGAUCCUGAUCCUUCAGAUGUCUUAAUGGCUACCUGUUUGUACUUUUAGGGCAUACAUUUUUCAGGGUGGAAAACACUAGAACUUCAUUUGUCAAAAUAACAAAAUAUCUAAUAAAUCCAACAUAAUCUUUGAUUUCUUUAACUUUCAGGUGAAACAGAGAUAAGUUUUUAUUUAGUUCUUGUAACUGGUUGUACCUCAGUUGGAAAAAUCAGUGAGAGUGAAAUAUUUCGCAUCAAUGCCACUCAUCUGGUUGCAUUGCAAGAUGAUCUGGAUGAAGAAAUAAUUUCUGAAGUGCGUAAACUUUUGAACUCUGGAACAUUUUACUUUUCUGUUUGUGCCGGAGAUAAGCAGCCCUUGGACUUAACACUUUGUUCUCAAAGAAGAUUUGAGGACUCAGAACCAGACAACAGGUUUUUUUGGUGAGUGAAAACUAUGUUUUCAAAUACAGCUUACGGUUACAGGUACAUUUUCACAGAAAAGGAAUAUGGCUUUGGUUAGACUUUUAGAUGUAGCUGUAAGGAUAUUUCUCAAUUCCAGUAGAUCACAAAAUUCUAAAACUUUUAUCAGCAACAUGUGGUGAUAUAAUUCUACAAGGCUCUUCGAUGAUUUGGGUAUAACUGGUAGUAAAUUAUUGUAGACCUCACCAUGUUAGGCUGCGAAAUUGAAGACCCAUUCUGGCUGUUGCUUUGUCUUUCUCACAGGUCAAAAUUAUAUUCAGGUUAAAAUUUUUUAACCUGGGUUGAUUUUCAAUUUCCUUUGUCUCCUAGCCCUGAUUAUUCAUGAAUUAGGGCUAGGAAAAUUGCAGAAAUUGAAAAUCAACCUAGGUUAAAAAAUUUUAACCUAAAUUUAACUCCAGCAAAAAGAAUCAACAUAUCAUUUAAAAACUGGACACCUCUCCUUUUUAAUAGGAAUUUAUGUUCUAACUUAAUUUGCAGUUUAUAAUAUUUGAAGAAGUCUGCCCUAAGGAGAGAGAGCACAUUUAUCUUCCUUGCUUCCUUAGAUUCAGAUUUGUUAUGGUUUUUUGCACUAUUAAGAAACAGAUGUCAUGUCACAAUUUAUUACAGGAGCAGAAAAAAAGAAAAAAGAUUCACAAAGUACAGAAAUUUUUUCUCAUGCUUUUAAUGUAGCCCGUUUGGCAAAUUUUAGUCCUAGACAAGCUCCAUCCAUUUUCCUACUAUUUAAGGCAUGUUCACACUUUACGUAGUAGCUUUUGGUUCUGCCCUGAAAAACUAUCCAGUUUACAGUGUACUGACUUUCCACUUUGGAGAUCGGCACAGUGCAGCUUCGCUUCAGUACAGAAAUUGCAGUAAAAUCACCAUUGUUAUUUGUGAACAGAAGCCCUCUCCGGGAUGAUUUUUGUGGUGGUGCAAAAGCUAUCCGGUAGAGUGUGAACAUACAUCUGUAGCAUAAGAUAAUAAAUCCUAUAAAAAGGAGGGUAGACAAAAGGAAAGGAUGACGCUCAAUACUCUGAUUAGUGAUAGCAAUACUUUUUUGUGUUGUUUAGUCUGUCUAUCCUGAACAAUCAUAAUUUUACAGUACUAAACAUUAGCUUUAUUGUCAUAUUCAUUUACUAUCAUAUUUAUUAAUUGAGAAUUGAUUUUGAAUGCUUUUGACAAUUGUAUUCUCAGGAAUCGCAGCUUACACAUUCACUUACAAAGAUUUGGAAUUGACUGUUCACAAUGGCUUCUUCGAAUAAUGUGUGGGGCUGUAGAAAUUAAAACUGUUUAUGUUGGAAAGACACAGGCCAAAGCCUGUAUUAUUUCAAGAUUAAGUUCUGAGAGAGCAGGAACAAGGUUUUAUGUUCGAGGCACGAAUGAUGAUGGACAUGUUGCUAACUUUGUGGAAACAGAACAGGUAAUUGCCUAGAAUGAACCUUGUAUGGCUUUUAGUGGUUUGAAUGCCCCUACCAGCAUUGUACAUUUAUCCACGGAGAUCUUUGCAGUGAGUCAUCUUGUAUGCAUAUUAAAUAUAUUUUAAUAUUUCGUAGAAGGUUGUUGUGGAAAAGAAACAAAGUUGAAUGCCCUCAGCACAAUUUGUACUGCAGUGUGAUUCUAGUUUUCCAGGAUCUGCUCCAAUAUGACAUUAUCACAUUUCUUUUUUUUCCUUGCCAAUAAAUAACAAACUGAAUAUUGAUUUAAUGCCUGCAAGCUUUUACCUGUGAGAGCAGACUAUAGAGCUUUUCUGGAAAAAGACAUUCUGCUCUAGCAACCAAGUUAUGCAAACUUGGGCUAAAUGUAUCAAUACUCGUAGUUUUUAUGCUAGGCUGUUUAAUAAUUAAAAUAAGUAAGACUUAGGAGUGCCAAAGUCUAGCCUACGAACACACAUAUUAAUUACUGUUUGUUGCUUCUCUUAUGCGAGUAAAAUUUACUUGUGUGUACAUGCACGUAAAAAUUACAUGACCGUGGAAAUCCACCUUAAGCCAACUUUAUCAAGCUUCUAAUUAUUAACCACGUGGGAGGAAAUUUUAUGUAGUAGGCUGUUGUGUACUAUCACUGCCUAGUUUCUUUCAAUUUGGACCAAGAUGUAGACCCAUCUGUCCCUGGUUAAAUAUUAUUAUUCCUGUUGUAAUUUUAGUUUAUUGUGGUUGAUGACAUGACAACAUCUUAUGUUCAAACUCGAGGAUCAGUGCCAGUUUUUUGGGAACAGCCUGGCCUACAGGUAUGACAGACAUUGUUUAGCAUGCAUUUAAAACUUAGUAUUAGAAAUACUUGAAUCGCAGAGCCUGGUGAAACAGAGGCUAACAAAACAGUAGAUGGGUUGGGCGGGGUGGUUGGUUGAGAGAGUUUUUCCACUUUUUAGGAGAAAAAAGAUUUGUUUAUGGGAAACAAAGGUAAUUUUCGAGAGGAUGAGAGGAUUGUAGCCUACCGCCUACCACCUCCCCCAUACAGUGCUUAAUUAAAGAAUCUAAUAAUAAUAAAAAAGGUCGGUUCCAAAAGAUGAUUACCAGCUAUGACAAUUGCAUCCUACGUGCAUUUAUUUGUCAUUGUCAUUUAUUCAAUCCUUCAUCAUUUUAGGGAAUAAAAAAGUACCUUUUGUUAAAUGAUUACAGGUUGGUUCUCACAAAGUCAAGCUCUCUCGAGGAUUUGAAGCAUCUUCACCUGCAUUUGACAGGUAAAGUAAAAAAACUUGUUGAGUUAACUUGAAAAUUCAAGUGAAAAUUCCCUUGAAUACUUCCUACAAAAAUAAUUUCCCAAUGCUUGGGGUUUUUGCAUAGUAACUACCAAGUGAAAGACAAAACAGUGGUCAAAUGGGGUAAGAAAAGCGAUAGGAGCAGGGUAGAAAGAAAGUGCUUGCUGUAAUGUAGCAUCAGCAGCAAAAACUAGUGUGGUUCCCCUUGACUUGUAAACUGUGUUUUGAGAGGUACUUGCUACUUGCACAACUCCCAUAAUGCACUUUAUUUGCCCCCCCAAAUUUUUCAUAACCUUUGUUUUUCAUUUCUCCUGGGUAUUACAGCCGUCUCAAGAGAAAUUGAAAACAAUGCUUUUGAAAAAUGUUGGGGGACAAAUAAGAUGCAUUAUGGGAGAUGUGCCAGUGGCAAAUUGGUUCUUUUUAGCCAGAUAGUGCUAAUGUUGUUGCUAAUAUUUGUGAAGAGACAAUCGGCUGAGGAGAUUGAUUCUAACAACUCGUUUUGGUGUGUUUUAAUUUACUACACUUUGAAGAACUUUCUUAAUGGUAUUUUUCUUUUUCAGACAUCUGACAAGCUUAAAACAUGAAUACGGCCAGCAGCUUCUUAUUAACUUGCUGGGCUCAAAAGAAGGUGAAAAUACUCUCAGUGUUGCCUACCAGGUGAGUUGUCUUUUUAGAAAUGAUCAUCCUUUUCACUGCAAGAUCCAAAUCUUGAAAUUCGGUAAACGAAAUUCAUCACUUAUGAGCAGAUUUAAUACCUUUUGCUUUUGCUUACUUCCACGGGUAGCUGUGACUUCUUGCAAUUUCCAAUUUCUCCUGAGGGAAGGGGGGAGGGGUGUCAGUACACAGGCUAAUUAAUCUGUUGAUGGCUGCCGAUUGUUUUGUGCGACCCGCCAUACUUGCAGAAUAUCAAUACAUUGGCUUAACUAUAAGUUACAGUACAUUUCCUGGUAUGGUAGCCCUCCGGUUAAAAUGAGAAAGAAAGACAAAAAUCUAUUUGGCAAUUCGGGAAUCAUGUUAGCGUGUUGCAUCUGCAUUCUCCUUUGCCGGCCAUGUAAAGCCUACAUUUGUUCUCAAAAUCGUCAGGAAGGUUUUGCAAACGUAGAUUUUUAUCAGUAGUGAGAUAAAUACAAAUACUCCGCACGUAGGUCCAUUUCACUGUCUUUUCGUCGUAGGCCUUUAAGGCUACUGACGCUUUGUGGGAAUCUCGUGGGUCAUUUCUAACACUUGAAUUUUACUUCAGGGUCAAUUUGUCUGUUUUCAUCUGUCUUUUGUGUCAGUAAUUUGUCACAUGGUGCGGUACCAGAUUUAUGUUCCAAUGCAAACACGUGGCUCAUGAAUCCUGAGAGUUCGGAUUUAGAUUCUAUGUAUUGUAUCUAUUGAGAGUAUGGAUUCUGCAAAUCCAUGGUUGGAUUUUACAAGAGAAACGCUAAUACCGUUUAUGUAUUCAGGAAUCCGGCCGGAUCUCAGAGUGUAAUUAACGUCGCACUGAGUAUUCUGUACUAAGUUGCCAGAACUUCUGUUUUCAGGAUCAGUUGAAAGAUUCUAUACAUGGGAACACGACACGCAUGAUCUGCUUUGACUAUCAUCGAAACUGCCGGGGAGGAAAAUUGGACAAACUUUCUGUUCUAAAGGAUAAAGCCAAACCCUCUAUGAAUGAAUUUGGUUUGUUCUUUGCCAAAGGAGAUCAGAUUGUAAAGUAUGUACUCUUGCAAUUCUUGAAGGGCUACUUUUCUUUAUUGUCAUGUAUAACAGAAAUACUUCUAAAACUGACAUGUUAUUGGCUAUAUGUCACCUCUACUUGGUCGACAGCAGUAAAAACAAUGAUGAUGAUGAUGAUGAUGUUGCUUGGUGCUUGGUGAUGAUAAUGGUGAUGAUGAAAAGUAUGCAAGCAAUAAAUAAAUGAGUCAUAAAACAGUUAUUGAUUGAGUUACACUCAAACAUUUGUUUUAUAAACCGAGUAGAUGAAGAGUAAAUUUACCACUGUUAAGGAUUCUAGAGUUCGAGGGCUGGUCCUUUGUCUUUGCCAGAGCUAGUCUUACUUACUGUUAAUAAAAUAUUUUUUUCCCCACGGCCUGCCCCGUGUUAGUCAACGGAGGUAACUUUCAUUCAAGUAAGCCUUAUUUAUCACUGAAUGUGUGCUUUGAAAUACCAUUAAUAGGAGACAAACAGGAUCCAUCCGUACAAACUGCAUAGAUUGUAUCGAUCGAACCAACAGUGUACAGACGUACUUAGGCCUUGAGGUAAGUUGACUUCUUACAGUCUCUUGCAAUUGAAUGAAAUCUAAACUUUUAUUAAAUGCGUUUUAAAUUACCGUGGCUCCGUUUUCUAGCCUCUUUUUUAUUUGUCUCUGAGUAAGCUGGUCUUCUUAUUAAUUUGUCUAACGUUUUGCAACUCCGAUUUCUUGUACCCCCAAGGAUGGUGGGGGGAGGUGGUGGGGGUAGAGAUGUUACUCCUCAGAUUUUGUCAGGGGCGUGCGUGCACAUCUUAAUUCCCUGAACUCUCUUUCUCUCCAAAUUUUAAAACCGCUUUCUAAUUCUUUGAAUUUAAUUUCUUUAUGUCUUAUUUCCCGGUACUUUCCUUCGCAAGCCAUUUUUGCUUUAUUAUAUUUCACGUACCGUGCUAACACUGAAUUAGAAUAAAGCGGAGAAUAAGGAUAAUUAUUGAUAUCUGACAUUUCAUUUGGUGUCUUUUGCGUGCUUUCAUUCUACAAGAUAGUGGGAUCGUGGGUUUAAACGUGAAUUUGCACCUUAGAUCUAUCUCUUUUUCUUCGGCCCCUUUUUAUCCGCAUUGGUACCAAUUUGCUAAUGUAACUGGUAUAAUCCUCAUUAGAUACUGUCGCAGCAAGUGGAGUGUUUGGGAUUGUCCAACAAACAAGCCUUACUCUCCAGAUUCCAAGAAGCGUUUCGAUCCAUGUGGACACAAAAUGGCGACCAUAUCAGUCGUAUGUACCUAGGAACAGGAGCUUUAGAUGGCAAGGCAAAGGUAUCUGCGUAUCUUUUGCUGUGGAAGCGGCGAUGUCAACAAAACAUACUCUAGAAUUAAGUUCAGUGUUAGAUAUUUUGUUUCACGUUGUGGCUUUUUCCUACAUGCACUACAGCCAAAGUUAUGGGGAGUCAAACAUACUGGGGUGAGACGUUAAAAAAAUGGAGGCGAGCGUUCUCAAUUGCGUAAAGACCAAAAUAAUAGCUGCUACUUGCCAAUUACUAUUAGUGGUUGGUGAAAGAUGUUGUAGAGAUGGCUUUCGUUAAUUCAGCUGCUUUGUAUGUUUUUCGCUUCUAGGUUAUCAACAAACUACGUGAUGGCGCUCGCUCGGUUCACAGAACUAUCGUCAACAAUUUCCUGGACGGAAGCAAGCAAGAAGCUAUUGAUAUGUUACUGCUAGGAAACACGUUUGUAGGAGAGCUUGGUGAACGCGCGCGUGCGCUUUUGUACGCGUCAUUUUUACACGGUAAAUUGCGUGACUUUGUUCAGGUAACACUAGCGAGAGGGUCUGAAUGGGGGAGUCCACUUGUCAGUUGUCGGUUAAAAUUCAGUUAGUUUGUCGGUAGUCGGCUAAAAUUUUCUAUCUUCGUCGGUAGUCGGUUAAACUUUUUGAUUUUUGUCGGUUGUUGGGAAAAUCUCAGCUAAUAAGUAAAAACGCUUGUUAAUUAUUAAUAUUUUUUAUGUAUUUCACCCAUUUUCAAGACUUUGAUCCCUAAGGAAAGAGGAAAACUUGUAAGAAUGCAUCAUUUGAUUGCACUUAAACUUCGUUAACUCUUGUUUGUUUAUGUAACAUGAUCGUUGAUUUCACCAUUGUUUGCCAAAUGAAUAUCAUGAGUAAUGGUAAAAUCACCCAACCGUUUAUUGUAAAUGCGAACUUUGUUUCCCUGUCGACUACAGGGCACAGUAAAAAGUAAUUAAUUAAUUAAUAGACUCCAGCCUUUUGGAUACUUAAAUUAUUCUUUGCGAAAAACUGCAAGGGGUGACAGGCUGCACAUCUAUACCUUUAAUGUUUUGGCUCUAACAAGCAUGUCCUUUGCCAUAUUUUCCUUUCUCAAAGAAAUAACACUUUAACGCUCAGACGUACAAGGGGUGGGGGGUGGGGGAAGUUUUUUGGGAUUUUUUCCAAGAGGAUAAAACAUCAGCACCUGACGUUUUCAGUAGAUGGUCGUCUAUCCCUCGCACGCAUUUUGAGACAAGUUCAGUGAUGAUCAGUUUCUAUGGUUACGAGUUAUGACGUAAUACGUAGCAGGUUGUCAAGCCAUUUUGAGAGAAAAUGUAUGUUUUUUUCCAACUUUUUUCAACAAUAAAAGUAAAUCUUGUGGCUAAAAUCAUGCAAACUGCUUAUUUAUGCGUUAUUAUUCAUGUCAAGCAAUUGCCAUUUCUCGCUGUUUUAAGCUGAUUUCUAAUUCUUGGUAAAAUUCAAGAUCACGGCCAAGAUGGCUACCAUUGUUGGUGACGUCACAGGCCUCCAGCAGCGCCACCAUUCAUAAAAUACACCCCAUCUUGUUAAGAAGAUCAAAGGCUUUUCAGUGAAGGCAAAAAUCGCUUCGAAAUACUGCAACAUAUCAAAAACUCUGGGGAGGGGUCCCAUCUACCAUCCUCUUGUACCAUGGUGGGGGGUAAGAUUUUGCGUGUAAGUCUGAGGGUUAAGUGGUUCUUUAAAACUUUGCCAAGGUAGUGGUUGGUUUUGUAUGAGUUUACACUUUUUUAUUGAAGCUUCUUUUAUAAUAGACACUAAGGGCUUGUACUGUGUCACGAAAAGCAAUAUUUCUUUUUCUUCCUUGUUGUUUUGUUUCAGGAGAGCUGCUUUCCUUCUGUGAGUUUUACUUCUAAUAGCAAUUUUUCAUUCAAAAUUGUGUGGCCAGCCUCUGUCCAUCAACCGUUUUUUGAAAUCUGAAAUACUUCCUUAGAGGAGUUUGUUCGUAGGAUUCUCAAGGCUUCUUGUUUCUCAAAUCAUAUAUACUGGAGGUUUCCUUUUAAAAUGCGUCUUUACGUCAAUGAUAGCUUUUUCUCAUUUUUCGUGGAAUGUUAUGCCUCGGUAUCCAACCGGGUCUAAAAAGGUUGUCUCAGUGUCAGAUAUUUCGGUCGUAAAUUUCAUAGCCAGUAGAGCUAGAGCAGUAGGGUGAAGUAAGUUUACUUGCUCCGUGAAUUUGAACAAAUCUACCAUGUCUGGUUUACUUAUGUCCCAUAGGAAAAAAUAUCAUCUAUGUAGCGUUUUCAAACAGUUGGUAAAUAACGUGUAAAUGGAGUCUUGUGCGGCCUUUUUGAAGAAAAGGAAAAGUGAUGAACACCGGCAUUUGAAUUAUAUUUUGUACGUCAUACGAUUCGUGUUUCUAUGUUUUGGCUUUUAACGAAAUGUGUUGUCGAAAAGUGUGGAAUAAAGUUUUACUUCACCUUUAUAACUUUGAUAAUACAAUUUAUCUAGCAAGUCUUUUUCUAGGAAACAUUAAUACAUUUCUUGAAAUAUUUCUCUUGGAAAAACAACAACAACAACAACAAAAACAAAUCAUAACCGUUGACUGUCUUAUGUGAUACCAUACCAUUUCUACAAGAUCUGGUAAAGUGCAAAAAAUUGAAAAGUGUAUCUGUUCUUUCUCAGCCUCUCCCACGAUUCUCCGCGAGCUGUGCGACCGCCACCUUGAAUACACUACGUGGUCCAAUAUCCGGAUAUGUGUAGGAACGUGGAAUGUAAAUGGCGGGAAACAUUUUCGAAGUAUCGCUCACAAGCAUCAAACAAUGCACGACUGGCUGUUGGACUUUCACAAAACACUUCCGGACAGCGGUUAUUCAGAGACUGAUAGCGUAGAUUUCCGGUUGCCCACGGACAUAUUCGCCAUUGGCUUUGAGGAGCUGGUGGACUUAAAUGCUUCAAAUAUAGUUUCAACGAGGUAGGUGUAACUUUCGGUCAGGGGUGGGAUAAUAACCCCGUCAUCAUCAGGAUGCUAUGAACAAUCUUAUACCAGACAUUCUGGUCUGACAUGGCAUUUGCAAGAUCCUCACUGUCAAUUCCGGAAUCUCUCGAGAUCAUAUGCAGGUUUUCAUUUUCAUUGAAUGAACAGGGCCAGUUGGUUUCCAUAGACGAAGGGAUUGGAUGAUCUCAGAGUCUACAUGUAGUUCCUUUUACGUCCAGGAAUCGUAACUUUCUUUUUUAAUUAAUGGGCCUGUCUAAAGUUUUAUCUAUUGUUUAACAGAACCACAUCCUAAGCGACUUUCAAUUUGACCAACCCUAAUAUCGAAAGAUAGUUUGCUACGGUUUCAGCGACGCAUAUACAGUAUACUUAUAAAAUAUUUAUCUGUUUGAAAAUAAGACAUCAUUUUUAAAAAAAUGUGGAGUUCCUCUUUUAGUCUCAAACCGCUACGAUGUCUUUUUUACUCCUAAAUGAUUGCGAUAUUUUGACCCUUAUUGCGAGUGGCGUAAUGUUCUCUCAACUAAACUUCAUUUUCUUACACUUUAGUUCAAAUCAGCGAAAGGAAUGGGGCGAAGAACUGCGGCGUAUCAUAUCACGUGACCAUGCGUAUGUUCUGGUUACAUGUGAACAGCUGGUUGGUGUUUGCCUGUUUGUUUUUAUUCGACCGCAUCUUGUGCCGUUUCUGAGGUAACUAAACAAACAAAAAUUAUUCACUUAGACCUUCUUAUUAAAAAACCUCGUACGAUAUUCAGAAAAUUGCACAAUUUGUAAUUCUUUAGAAAGUUUUUGGAUCAAUGGUAGAUCACGUUCUUUCUGUUCUCUUCAGAGACGUAGCUGUGCAAACCGUCAAAACAGGGCUUGGUGGUAACGCUGGAAACAAAGGAGGAGUGGCUAUCCGUCUGUUGUUACACGCUACUUCUAUCUGUUUUGUGUGUUCACAUUUUGCUGCUGGUCAGUCGGGGGUAGCAGACAGAAACAGUGAUUAUCAUGAUAUAGUGUCACGGAUUGUCUUCCCUAUGGUAAAGUAUUGAUAUUCUGAAACGUUUAUUGUAGGUGAAACUAUUUGGAAGACAUCUAUGGCGCUGUGUUUUAAUUAUCAUUAAUGGGCGUCUCAAAAGUCGCAAAACGACUCUUAAGGGCUGGGAGAAUACCAGGAUGAAAGGAAGAGAAGAAAGCGAAAUAGAAGACUGUUAACAGUGAAAACUGUUUUAUCCGUAGUCUUGGUUAAGUGAUUACAGGCAAAAUUGAAACUAAUUGUUUGAUAGAAAGAAGUGGAAAAGCGAAGGGAAAAAUUUGAAUUCUGUAAGAGAGACUCGCCCCUGAAGACAAAAGUAAGGGGAACUUAUUAAGUUUUUUAUUCUGAUGCAACAAUCUCCUGACGUGUGGAAAAUAACGCGUCGAAAAUUUAAGAAUUCAUUAAUUAACAGUUAAUGAUUGAGGCUGAGUAUUUUAUGAAGAAUUAUGGCGGAGGGUGUUAUGAUAACACCCUCCGAGUUCUCCAUAAUUCUUCAUAUGAUACGAAAGCCGAAUUCAAUAAUUGUUUUAUUAUUCAUUCAAAAUAGUUCCUAGUUUAAAAACAUGGCUAAACAUGCUUACCUCCGUCGAUCCAUCGAUGUUAAGUUACCUUUGAUAGUGCACGUUUAGGGUUGUUCAGCUCCGCAAAUAUUCUCCAAAUAGCAGAUGUCGCCCUUCGAGUUGUCCUCUUGCUGUUCUUGCCAUGUUUUUAGCUAUUUUUUCGCCUAGUUCUUACUCUUGAAACGAGUGAAAUGUCCGCCAUUUUUGUCUUCACAACCAAAACAACUCAACCUCGUCCCCAGGUCUUCUCGGUUAACGGUGCAUUAACCUGUAGAAGGCUGCAUUUUUGACGUCAUUUCCUCGUUAAACACAAAAUUCCUCCAAAUUUGGUCAUCAGUAACUGGUUAUGGUGAAUUAUGCGUGUGUUUUUAGCCAAUCAGAAUUGGGGAAAUAUUUUGAAUGAAUAAUAAUUGUUAUUAUUCAUUCAAAAUCUUUCCCCGAUUCUGAUUGGUUAAAAGCACACGCAUAAUUCACCAUAACCAGCUACUGAUGACCAAAUUUGGAAGAGUUUUGCGUUAAAUGAACCGAUGACGUCAAAAGUGCAGCUUUCUUGCACGUUAACCGAGAAGACCUGGGAACGAGGCUGAGUUGUUGUAGUUAUAAAGACAAAAAUGGCGGACAUUUCACUCGUUUCAAGAGUAAGAACUAGGCGAAAAAAUAGCUAAAAACAUGGCAAGAACAGCAAGAAGACAACUCGAAGGGCGACAUCUGCCAUGUGGAGAAUAUUUGCGGAGCCGAACAACCCUAACCGUGCAUUAUCGAAGAUGAACUUAACAUCAAUGGAUCGAUGAAGGUAAGCAUGUUUAAGCCAUGUUUUUAAACUGAGAAUUAUUUUGAAUGAAUAAUAAAACAACUAUUGAAUUCGGCUUUCGUAUCGAGAUCUCCAUAAUUCUUAAUAACAUACUCAGCCUCAUUCAUUCAUUGUUAAUUAUUCUCUGAUUAUGUUAACGCAAAAUCAACCUUGUCUGUCUCCCAAUCAGGGUCGACGAUUAUCGUCACAUGACUAUGUAUUCUGGUGUGGUGAUUUUAACUACCGUAUCGAUCUGCCCAUUGAGGAAGUAAAAGAACUGAUAAAAAGCAAACAGUGGAAUGAACUGCUGAAAGAAGAUCAACUUGUGAAGCAAAAGAACGCUCAUAAGGUACAGUGAUUCAAGAGCCCUGCAAGAAAAAAAUUCAGUAAUGGUUUCUCCUUGUUAAAUAACAACUCUCCCCCUUCUUUCUUUGCUUUUUGCCCAUGAUUGUCAAUAAAUUUGCCUUUUGUUGAUAACCGUGGUUUCAGUGUAGUAGAGCGUUUCGUCUGUUUGUAAACUAAUAUGCAGAAGGGAUUUAGUUAUCGAAUUUUACUGAUUCAGAAUCUUUUAAAUGACAGUCUUUUGUGCGGAUCUAAGUAGUUUCAGUUGAAUAUACCCACGCCAGAGUGUUACAAUUUCUUCAAGCACACGAAAAUUACAAAUUUUUGCUGCUGCAUGAAAACCUCGAUAUAAGUGGAAUUUGUAUGAAACUAUGCAGCGGAAAAAUUAAUAAUCCUCUAGAACAGUAUGCCAGAUAUUAUCCCACAAGGCCAUUCAACUGUGACAUCUUGGCCCGGUUACUCCGUUGUGCAGCCAGUGUGGUCGACAGACUUGAAAUCUAGGGGUUUCUUAAGCCCGGUUUCCUAAAAAUUUACGGAAAAUCAGUUUUGAGUAAGUAGUCGACUGCUUCAAUUACAGAAUUAUUUUCAAAAUUGGGCCGUAUUAUCCUGAAAACUGAAAGAAAAUAAUAGAUAAUGACCAUACUCAGCCACCAUCAGCUUCUGCGUGUACAUCAUUCAUCGUAGAUUUUAGUUUGCUUGUUUGUUGUUCCUGUCAUGAAAGUGACGCAAAAGUGCUUGAUCAAGCGAUCUUAAGGCAAUUUGUUUCUGUUUUUCUGACAAGGUUUUCCGUGCAUUCCUUGAGGGAAAAAUUGCCUUUCCUCCAACUUACAAGUACGACUUAUUUUCCGAUGAUUAUGACACCAGUGAGAAGAUGCGUAACCCGGCCUGGACCGACCGCGUUCUCUGGAGACGGAGAAAGCCCCGGUACAAAUCAACCACACUUGUGCGUAAACACGUGACUCCACAGCAUAACCAUGUACCACAGGAAGGCAAGGAAUUACUGAUGGGGGGAGGGGAAGAUGAGACUGAUGCUGAUGACGUGUUUGACGAUGAUGAUGAUGAUGAAGAAGAGGAGGAGGAAGUUGAUGAUAACGAAGAGGAAAGCGAUGAACAAGAUGGAAAACGGGGUAAAAUUUGUUUAAUGUAACGGGAAAAUUAUAAUUAUUCCUCAAAUGAUGGACUUCUGUUUAUAGGAAAGGAGCAGUGAAUUCCAUACAAAAGGUUUAGGUUUGGCAGGAGUUCACUGUUUGCUUUCUGUAAUUUGUUUAAGUUACCUAGUGGCACAAAGCAUUAUUGCUGCAUAACGACAUUUUUUGUUUUGUCAUAGAAAAUAGCGGCGAUAAAUCUGGUAACAGUGAAGGUGACAGGAUUCAUUUUACUGCUGGUAAAUGCCUUUACUAUGGCCGAGCAGAGCUCAAGACCUCUGAUCACAGGUACACUCAGGACCAGAACCUUAGAUUUUGUUUUUAAAAAUGCUGAUCAUGCCAGUUGCAAGUGGAAGAUCGUUUGAUCCAAAAGAGUCAAGGUGGUGGUUUCCGAUUUGCCUGACUUUUUUUCAGGCCUUAUUCCAAAGUCGUGCAGUUAUAGUUGUCAAGUCUGCAAUUAAUUUCCUGCGUUUAAAUCACGUUAGAUAAAAUGAUAGUCACUUUCGAGCCAGGUAGGUACGCAUUUUGUGGUGCAGUGCUGAAGUUAAGGUGAAUCGAACUUUUUAGCUGUCUCGGACCGGCUGGUAGACGUAAUCCUACAAUGAAAGCAGUCAAAAGGAAGCGUCCGUAGUUUGCGCUCCUGUAAGCUUGUAACCUUUUUGUUCAUUUGUUUGUUUUUAAUUGUCUGAAAUAUGAUUUAUAACCACAAAAAGUUCGCAACAUGACAUUUGUGAAUUAAGCAUUAUCAACUAUGAGCCUUUUAGAGAGAUCACAGUGGACGAAAUCAAAUAAUCUUUGCUCGCUCUCACAUCUAUCCAACUUUCUUUCUUCCUUUUUUCGGCUAAAUAUUGCCCCUAACGAUCUUCCUACUUUCUAAAUAUUGCCUCUGUCUGGUUGUAGCUAUUUUCCUUUCAAGCUUAGUGGAUAAUUAACAAUUAUUCCUCGAACCCGAAUGGGCUGUUAGUCAAUAGCCCAUGAGGCCGAAGGCUAUUGGAAUAAUUGACUAUUGACUCAGAGGCUAUGAGGGCGAGAGGAAUAAUAGACCUUUUUACCGAUACGGCGGCCAUAUUGAAUUUAUGAGAUUUAAGGAGUAUUAUGGGAUGCCUAGGGGGCACUCGUUCAGUAUAUACGCGCCCUUUUCGGGCAAAGAGGGAACUUCAAUGUAUAUUUCUCGGGAAAAAGGCGAUCGUUAUUACAUUCAAAGACGCACAAAGAUCUUUUUUUCUCAUUACAAACUUUUUCUAGGAAAACUUAAAGAAAAAUUGGUCCGAAAAGCGCGCGUAAAUACUGAUGCGAGUAUAUGAGAUCGUGCUCAUGCCCCCUGGGCAUCCCAUAAUACUCCUUAAAUCCAAUUAAUUCAAAAUGGCCGCCGUAUCGGUAAAAAGGUCUAUUGUUCUAGUAAACUCCAACUAGUUGGUCAAAAAUAUCAACUCAAAACACCUUUAGCUAGCAAAACGCGAUUCAGCCGCCACUGUUUUGGUUUUCAAAGCCGGUGCUUUUCGCUACUAGUGGGCUAUAUUAAACAUAUACAGUAGACUCCCGAUAACUCGAACCUUCAAGGGAAAUCGAAAAAAGGUUCGAGUUAUCGGGAUCCCGAAGAAAAUAGCCGAGAGUUAGGUAAAAAACAGUUUUUACUGCACAGUGAACAUUGUAAUCACAUUUAAUUGUAGAAAUGUCAAGUGAAAAUUAAAUUUAUAAAUCAGAACGUAACGUAACAAAACAUAGCCUAAAUAAAGCAUGCGUUUUACUGUUUUGAGAAGAAAAGCUGCAUCACUUCAGCCUGUGACAAUCAAAAUCAGCCUCCACUAGUAAACUAUAUACUCCUACAACACGUCAAUAGGAAAUCCAAAAUUCAAUGUUUCGGACGCCCGUAGACGGCUUUUUUUCCCGACUUUUUAAGGGCUCAAAACAUGGUUCGAGUUAUCGAGGGUAAAAUUAUAUAGAAAAUGACCUGAGCGGAAACGAAAAUUGGUUCGAGUUAGCGGGAGUUCGAGUUAUAGAGGGUUCGAGUUACCGAGGGUAAAAUUACAGUGCAUGUAUGACGGAAAUCCAGGGGAAAUCGAUUUUGGUUCGAGUUAGCGCGAGGUUCGAGUUAGCUAGGGUUCGAGUCAUCGGGAGUCGACUGUAGAUCGUUUUCACUGCCACGCAACAAAAUAAUAAAAUUGGAAACCGUCCAGUGGAAGAAGCCAAGAAAAUGAAAUGUUAUAAAAUACUAAUUUUUAAACAAUUUUGUUCAAGUCUCCGGUCUUUGUGGCCCACAGUUUCUGAGUUAUUUUCCGAAACGUUUCCCGCACCUUUGUACAGCUUUGUAUGGAAACGCGGAAAUCAACAAAAACAUCUGGAGUUCACUUUUUCUAUAAAAGCUCCUUCUUUUCAGUCGAGAACUAGCAUACGUGCGCAUAAACAUAUCUUCUAAUACUUGAAAUGGUUAUACUGCCGAAGAUCAAGACGAGAGACUUUUUUUCAGCAAGACAGCAUUCCUAGUUUGGUGUCACGCACUGUGAAACCUCGAAAACUUUCGAAAUGACACAAGCUAUGGGAAUGGAAACUUGUACAAAGAUAUACUUUUUGUUUAUCUUCAACCUAGUGUGAAUAAGAAUUCGUGAAACCUCGCUGUUUUGACUUUACAAUCAUUUGAUGACGUCUCUGUGAAAACCAUCUAUAGCCUAGUAGUAGCUCAAACAAUCAGAAUGCAGCAUUGAUAAUAGACCACUAGUUGGAUUUUACUAAAACCAAAUAGUUUUUGCUCGUUCUCCCAUCCAUCCAACUUUCUUUCCUCCCACUUUCUAACUUACUUUAACCUGAUAUUGCCUCCAACUGGUCGUGGCAAGAGAUUCAGGAAUCAAAGUAGUAACACAAAUUUCACUUGUCUGCAGGCCAGUUGUCGCUCUUGUAGAAAUUGAAAUACAAAAAGUGGAUCGGACCAAACAGAGGCAAGUACAUGACGUGGUUAUGAAGGCUAUGGGACCCGCUGACCCAACCAUCGUUGUAACAAGCGAUGAAUCAGGCGAUGAGGAACCUGGAAUUGAUGUAUCGGAGCUUCUUGACGCUGUAGAGCCUUAUGGGACGGUAGUGUUAGUAAGGUAGGUCGGAUAUUCUGUAAUCGUCAAGCGGACGUCUUUGUUGAAAUGUGCCAAUCUUUCCGGAAAAAGAAACUUUUUGGAGGAUUUUUGAGAGCUGAGACCUGUUCUUUUAGUCAGCAGUUUUGUAAAAUUACGCUCUAAAAAGUAAUUUAUGAUACGACGCUUCCGGUCCCGCGCGCAAUUUCGUUGGAAAACCAUAUGAUAAAAAAGCCCCGUAUGAGGGCCGUAAGCGCAAAGUGACAGGGAAACGAGGCAAAUGCUGCCAUGAACGCGUUUUCUCUCCGUUAGAAAAAUUCAAAAACACAACAGUCAUAUGGUAAAAUGCUCAUCAACUGAAUUAGGUCGCGCCGGAUGGGAAAAAAUUCGGCUCUCGGACAGGAAGCACGGUCCUUGAGCCAUAUAUUUUCCCUUCCCGCCCUCCCACCCAGUCAGUAAGUACAUAUUACGAAUUUGAUAUUUUGCUGUGUUAAGUUUUCCAAAUUUAUGGCUGUUUGAAAAGAAAAGAAGUUGUAUUAGAAAACUGCUCCUUUCUGGUGGUUGAGUAACAGUCUUUUGUUUGUGUGCGUGUGUUUUUUUCCAGAGUGGUUGACGAUGAAAUUUGUUUGACUAUGGAUGAUGGUCGAAGUGCAUUGAAAGCUCUAGAACUGGACGGAAAGGAGGUAAAAAAAAAUAGCAGGAGAAGUUGGCUUUUUGCUAAAAUCACGUUAUUUACCCCCAGUAUUCUGGAAGUGCAAGAGUUAUAGUUGAAGCUGUCUUAUAAUGAGACUCUUUCGUUUACAGUUUUAAUGGUGCCUGGAGUAAGCAAAUAAGCGUUUUGUAGAAGGGAAAAUUGGUCGUAAUCGUAUUGUAAACGUCCACCUAUUAUUUACUUGAACCGUUCGGGGAAAUUAAAGAUUGUUGUCUUUUAAAUAUUUACGGAUUUUUUUUCACCAAAAAGCAGCCACCUUUCUCACCUGACCUAUCUUGUAACGAAAGAAAUAACUGUUUUUGCAUUUUACAAAUUGCUUUAGGUAUGUGGAAAAACUGUUCAAGUCAGACUGAAAUCGGAUUGUCUUCUGUCCAAGACGGACCUCACGGUUCAGAGCCUCGUCACAAAAGAUACUUCAUUCGUCGAUUCUUCGGAAGAGAUUGACGAUAGUCCGUUCAGUCCCGUAAGAAGUCGGGCUCUUUCGGAUUUGUUAUCUUCCCCAGGGGAUAAGCAUCCUAAUUGCUUGCCUGUAUUAGAACCAAUUAAGAUUCAGUCGACGGAAGAUGCCGAGGAUGAAAGCUCUGAGAGUGAGGUGGAAGAUGAAAUGAACUUUGAGGUGACCAAUGAUAGUGAUGAUGAUAGUGAACCCGAGGUGGACCGCGAAAUAAAGAGGACAAGAGACGAGGAUGGAAUGAACGGUAGGAGCUAAGAUAUAGAACUUUAAAAUGAAGAUUACGGUUCACGUUUCAUAAUUCAAAUCUCUGCCCUGGUUGUUUACAAACACGAUUAUUAAAAGACCACUGUCUGAUGUGCACGUUAUAUUCCAUCCAGCGAGGGGAAGCGCGAAGUACUAAUGCGCUUCUUAGUUUCUGUAUAACUUGAGGUUUAUUAUCCUUUGCUUCCCUUUCAGAAGUUGAAGGCCAUAAAAGGGAAGACAGUCAGAAGCCGGCUCCAAAGCGUCCACCUCCACCAAGGCCCGCACCUGCACGACCCAAACCUGUGUCCAAGGCUCCUUCUCAAGUGGAAGUAAAAACAGUCCAAGAAAUCCUUGUUAGCUCAAUGCCUAAAGAGGAUGGCCCGACUGCGACAACAACUGGAGCCAUUAAUGAUUUUGAUCCGUUGGUUAAGAGUGCUGCUAAGGCUUCUCCAAAACCUUCCAGGCCCGCUCCUCCUAAACGACCAGCUCCUCCCAAGAGACCCACUGAUGGUCCAAAGGUACCGGUCCCUGCCAACCCCUCACAAAAGGAGAUUUCUCUGAAUCCCAAGCCUAAAGUAGAAAUCAUUCAUGGUCAAACAAAGAAAGCCAAACAGGUGAAAUCAGUUUGGGUUUGAAUACAAGUGAACUUGUAGACUUCGAAUACUUUCGUAACUGAUUUACGUUGUGAAAUUCGGUUUUUACUCAUGGCGCGGCAAUUCAACGCCUGCAACUGGAAUAUCGUUAAAGCAAAAUUCGUCUACAAGACAUGUUAAUAAAAAACAAUCCGCUUUUUUGUCGUUUCGCAUUCAGCGACCAUGUCACGAAUUUCCAGUAAAAUUCACUAUUUGCCGUAAGAAACUUCCCCACCCCUAAAAAACCUUUUGAAACCGUCCGUGGUUGUCAAUUACGCGCACAUUUUUUCAAGACGGACUAUUUCCCUUAUGGCUUAUUGAACGCUAUACAUAAUUUCUAGUUCGUUAUGUUGUCGAGUAUUUAUUCUUGACCAUGUUAUGUAUUUUGGACUGAAUCAAAGACUUCUUUUUGUGAUUUACUUACAGGGUUCCGGUCCAGGGAUAAGUGUCCCAUUUAACGUCCAACAUGUGGCCCAUAUAGGGGCUGAUAAUGUAGAGGCUCUGCUACAGGCUGCCAAAGAUGACCCCAAAUUACUCCCUUCGUUUUUACUACCCGAGGGUUUAAAGGAAGAGAAAGAUGAAGGGCAAAAAAUGGUGGAAACAGAUGACAACGCCCCAAAAGGUAAGCGGCUGAACGAGGUUUGCUAUUGAAUAGUAGUUAGGUUGAUGGAAUCCACAGGACUGGUUGAGAAUUUUGUUAGAAUUUCAUCGCCUUUACAUCGGUUUAGAGCAUUGUUUGUACAUUCUGUUUUGAUGAAUAUCUUGAAAUACGCGUAUAGUUUCUUCGUGUUUACGUUUCCUUGCUUGUACUUGUAUUUUAAGUUGGCAAGGUACUUUUCAGGGUUGUUUUUUUUCUUUUGUUUUAAUCCGGGUUCCUAAUGUAGUUGAAAGCGAUGGACAUUUUUAUCAACCCAUACUUUGCACUGAUUGUUAUUUUUUGUUUUGUAAAGGCGACAAAGGAGAGGAAACCAAGGAGAAGUCACUUGACUCAGAUAAGAAAUCGGCCACUGCUCGUCCUGUUGCAGAUCAGUCUAAACCUGCUGACAAGCCUGCACCGAUUCCACGAGCUGGUUCAGUCUCCAGUCUCUCCAAACCGAUUCCCAAGCCAAGACCUCGCUCGUUAGCAGUCGAACGGGACAUUAAUGAAGAAACGGACGUUUCAGACUCAACAGAGAGACCUAUAGCACCUCCACGUGCUAAAUCUAAACCUCCCCGGGGUGAAAUCGUGGAAGAGGCUCAACAGAAUCCCACUAUUAAAGCCCCUAAACCCGAGCCCUCGAAGAGACCGGACUUACAUCCCCCUCCCCCUUUAAAACCAAAGCCCAAACCAGUGCGGAGUGAGCGUCCAGUCGAUACUCCUCAAAUUUCUGCGAGUGAAUCAAAUGACGUAUCAGUGAUAAAUGGCUGUGAUGAAGACACUGUUGAAUGUGACAAACUGGAAAGUCAAACAAAAGACCCUGCUAAAGUAGGGCCUCUAGGCGGAGAAACCAAAAAGGCUCCGCCUCCACCGGUACCUCGGAGAGUGGACCUUGAGUAGCCUAUUUCUCAGGGCCCCAAAGCAAGUAUAAACUGUUGUCGAGAUGGAGAAACACCCUACGAGCUUUUUAUUGGUGCUAUGGUGUUUAAAUAGACUCUUCUUGUUGCUAUGUUACCUCCCAGAUUAUGGUGAACGAGGCGUCACACUGCAUGCGCCACCCCGCUGAAGUCAGUGUUCGUGGUGCUCUUGUGUUGGGGCUAAUUGACUCUUUUGGGUCGUCCUAAACUAAAGUAUACCUGCCACAGUUGUAUAUAAAUUACAAACUCCCUUUGUAGGCCAAUGGCCAUGUUUUAUAAUCCAAAUGACAACAGACGUUCGACUAGUGUUCUUUGUGACAAAUUCGGUUGACAUGAUAGGAAGCUGUACUUUUACUUUGACCAUGAUUUGUUUUCAGUGUACAGAUUUUUUAAAAGACUCAGAACAUAGAAAUGAAUAUGAUUCAGUGGAAAGGGUAUGUUGCGGGGUGUUACAAUAAAAGGAUAAUUUAACACAGCUAUCACGAAAUGACAGCCGGUUUAGAAAAUGUUGAUAAGUCGAAGCUUCGAGGAAAGAUUCCCAAGCGGGUUGAGAGCGUCUAGUUGUCUUCAUUUCGUGGGUUUAUGCGCGUUACGGGAUAAAGGACCUCGACACAAGGACGUACACGCUCAAUGGCAGAUCAAUUUUUCUUUCAAGUUUCAAAAGUUUUUCACGAAAAGUUGUGCUUUCUUAGAGUUUGCUUUGGUUGCCUCUGCCAAACCCUUUCUGUGUAGAGGCGAGCAUAGGAAAUUUGGUAUUGAAGGAGAGACAGGAGAGUCCUCUGCACAUUCAAGAGGCUGUUUAAUAACAAGCUCUUUUCUUUGUUGAGCACUAAUAAGCAAGCUAAAAACAUUGCACAAUUAGGGGUCGGCAAGACGUUCUUUAAUAAAACCGUGUGGACCUGGAGCAGGCGAGGUGUUACCAACAUGAGGUUUGAAAGAACCCUAGAAUUCAACCCAAUCUCCCGCUUCGUAGGACUCUGGCACCAAUACUUACUGAUUAUCGGCCUAUGAAGUAUUUU